UAUUUCAAAACGUGUCCUGGUAAUUACAUACACACAUGUAUCCAGGCUGUUCACGCUCUUAGUUGGUUACGUGAAUAUCAGUUUGUUCUUCCUUUUUCUUCAUGGAAAGAAUUAUAUCUUGCAUCCACCUACUGGGGCUGGAAUAAUGCAUCUAAGGCUUAGAUUUGAAAACUGCAUUGCCAUUCGCCUGCUGGAUUAAAUGCCACUGUACAAAUAUGAGGAUCAGAGAAAGAAGACAAAAAGAUUUCGGUGAUCUUUGAUAACUUCAUUUUCUUUGGGAACAGGAAAACAGAAUCCAAAAAGCAUGUGGUUGAUGAUGUGUCAAACUGUGUAAGGGAAUCGCAUGGAGAUGGGCAUUCUGAACUGUUAAUGGGGACAUGGGACUCCAGUUGUCUCUGAUCGAUUGUGUGGAUUUUCCCGGUGUAGAACGACAGAAGCCGCUAGUAAGUCGCCAAGACCUACAGCAGGAAUUCUGCACGAAAGGGCAUCACACCUUGUUGUUUUAAUUUGUGUCUGGGAGAAUGUCUGAGCCAGGAGACCUGAAUCGGGCAGUAGUGGAGGAGGGCGGGACUGAGCAGGAUUCGGCCACCCCAGAGAAUGGCAUUGUGAAAUCCGAGAGCCUGGAUGAAGAGGAGAAGCUGGAACUGCAGAGGCGGUUGGCAGCUCAGAACCAAGAAAGAAGAAAAUCCAAGUCAGGAGCAGGGAAAGGUAAACUGACUCGCAGUCUUGCCGUUUGUGAAGAAUCCUCAGCCAGACCAGGAGGGGAAAGUCUUCAGGAUCAGGAAUCAAUUCAUUUACAGCUUUCCAGUUUUCCCAGCCUGCAAGAGGAUGAUAAAUCUAGGAAAGAUGACUCAGAAAGAGAAAAAGAAAAGGAUAAAAACAAAGAUAAAACCUCUGAAAAACCCAAGAUCAGAAUGUUAUCAAAAGAUUGCAGCCAAGAAUACACGGAUUCUACUGGCAUAGACUUACAUGAGUUUCUGAUUAACACAUUAAAGAAUAAUUCCAGGGACAGGAUGAUACUCUUGAAAAUGGAGCAGGAAAUUAUUGAUUUCAUUGGUGACAACAAUAAUCAUUAUAAAAAGUUCCCUCAGAUGUCAUCCUAUCAGAGGAUGCUUGUUCAUCGAGUGGCAGCUUACUUUGGGUUGGAUCACAAUGUGGAUCAAACAGGGAAAUCUGUUAUCAUCAACAAGACCAGCAACACAAGAAUACCAGAGCAAAGGUUUUGUGAACAUUUAAAAGAUGAAAAAGGUGAAGAAUCCCAGAAGCGGUUUAUCUUGAAGCGAGAUAACUCUAGUAUUGAUAAAGAAGACAAUCAGCAAAACAGAAUGCAUCCAUUUAGAGAUGACAGACGAAGUAAAUCAAUUGAAGAGAGAGAAGAGGAAUAUCAGAGAGUGAGGGAGAGAAUAUUUGCACAUGAUUCAGUUUGCUCCCAGGAAAGCCUUUUUGUGGAAAACAGUAGGCUCUUGGAAGACAGUAACAUAUGCAAUGAGACCUAUAAGAAAAGACAGCUCUUUCGAGGCAACAGAGAUGGCUCCGGGAGAACCUCUGGGAGUCGACAGAGCAGCUCGGAGAAUGAGCUAAAGUGGUCGGACCACCAGAGGGCCUGGAGCAGCACAGACUCUGACAGCUCCAAUCGCAAUCUCAAGCCCACCAUGACCAAGACGGCAAGUUUUGGGGGCAUCACGGUGCUGACCAGGGGUGACAGCACAUCCAGUACGAGGAGUACCGGGAAAUUGUCCAAAGCAGGUAGCUCUGAGUCUAACAGCAGCACGGGCUCUUCGGGGUCUCUGCCCCGCACCCACGCCCCCCUGCAGAGCACACCCCUGGCUGCCAGCGUGGCCACUGGCUCUCCUAGCUGUGUGCCCUAUCCGGAGAGUGGAGCAGGGGGCCAAGCAGCCCCCAGCACCAGCUACAUCCUCCUUCCACUUGAGGCUGCAACAGGCAUCCCACCCGGAAGCAUCCUUCUGAAUCCGCAUACAGGCCAGCCCUUCGUGAAUCCUGAUGGAACCCCUGCAAUAUACAACCCCCCCACCAGCCAGCAGCCCCUGCGAGGGGCAAUGAUGGGGCAGUCCCAGCAGCCGCCACAGCAACAGCCUUCUCCUCAGCCACAGCAGCAGGUGCAACCACCCCAGCCACACAUGGGAGGCCCACUGGUCACUCAGUCGGUGCAGGGGCUGCAGGCUUCCUCCCAGUCAGUGCAAUACCCAGCGGUCUCUUUUCCUCCCCAGCACCUCCUGCCUGUGUCUCCAACGCAGCAGUUCCCCAUGAGAGACGAUGUGGCGACACAGUUCACCCAGAUGAACCUGAGCCGGCAAUCCUCAGGAGAGACUCCUGAGCCCCCACCUGGUCCUGUCUAUCCGCCGUCCCUCAUGGCACAGCCAACCCAACAGACAAGCUACGUCAUUGCCUCUACAGGCCAGCAGCUCCCUACAGGGGGGUUCUCAGGCUCUGGACCUCCCAUCUCCCAGCAAGUCCUCCAGGCCCCUCCCUCACCACAGGGAUUUGUGCAACAGCCUCCACCAGCACAGAUGUCUGUGUAUUAUUAUCCAUCUGGUCAGUACCCUACCUCAACCACGCAGCAGUACCGGCCCCUGGCCUCAGUUCAGUACAGUGCUCAGAGGAGUCAGCAGAUGCCACAAACAGCACAGCAAGCAGGUUACCAGCCAGUCUUGUCUGGUCAGCAGGGGUUCCAAGGCCUAAUAGGAGUACAGCAGCAGCCUCAAAGUCAGAGCGUGAUGAGCAACCAACCAGGAGCUCCGGUGCAAAGCGUGAUGGUCUCCUACCCAACAAUGUCUUCUUAUCAGGUGCCAAUGACCCAGGGUUCUCAAGGACUGCCCCAGCAGUCAUACCAACAGCCAAUUAUACUACCUAACCAGGCAGGUCAAGGAUCACUCCCAGCCACUGGAAUGCCUGUUUACUGUAACGUCACACCACCGACCCCUCAGAACAACCUUAGGCUGAUUGGUCCACACUGCCCUUCCAGCACUGUCCCUGUGAUGUCGGCUAGCUGCAGGACAAACUGUGCAAGUAUGAGCAACACUGGGUGGCAGGUCAAAUUCUGAGUGCUCUGGCUGUGGUACAUUUGUUGAGUACUCAUGGCCUUUAAGGGAAGAGCAAGGUGUGAAACUGGCUGAGGACUUAAGUAUUCACUCAACACUCAAAUGAUUGCUGCUGGUAUUCUGUAAAAAAACAAAAAAACAAAAAACAAACAAAAAAACCACAAAGACUAAUACACACAUUAGCUGGUUAAUGGUGCAUAUUUUUGUCAUGUCUGCUAGGUAUGCCUUUAUAGCUUAGCUAGUGACAUGAUUUCAUCAAGGUAAGAUUUUCUCCUACCACUGAAUACCACUGUGUAGAUUAUAAUAUCCCUAAUUUGGAUUAUUAGUUUUGUACUUUGUGUUGAGUUUGUGAUGCUAAAAGUAUUUAAAAAUUAUAUACUGAAAUCACAUUGUACCAAAGCUGUAAUAGAAAAGAAAAGAAUUGAUGAAUGGAAGGAAUAAUUUAUAUACACUAUAGAGUUUUCUUUUUUAAUGGAUAUAUACUGUAUUGUAGUGUUUAAUCAAAAUAAAACUAUUUGACCUUAUGGAGGAAGGUCAUGUUUUUACCACCA